CUUUUAACAAUAUUUACAUCAAUUCUCAAUUUUAAAAUAGUAAACAAAUUAUUUAAAUUCUAAAAAUCUUCAAAAAAUUAGUCAAUCAAAAUGGAAGCCUGCUCCGUUCCAAACUGCAAACUCAAAUCAAGUCCAAAAUUUCACUCGCCACAAAAUGAAGCUAAAGCAAAUUUAUGGAGAAAAAUUCUCAAAAUCAACAAUAUUAAAUUUUCAAUUUGUGAUCAGCAUCUUUCGAUCAUUUGUCAAAGUUGCAUGAGAUCUUUUGAGCCUAAACAUUUCAACAAUACUGGAGCUAUGUUUGUGAUUGCUGAGAGAUUUAAGGAUAUCUUUAGGGAUGUUAUAGGAUAUGAGGUUUCAGUUGGUGUUGUCUGUUCAAAAUGUCACAAUUGCAUAACUGAUUUCGCAAAAUUUCGCAAUUAUGUCAGGAAACAGCAAGAGCUCAGGACGGAAAUAAGUGAAGAUUAUUCAGAAAUGCACAACAAUGAGCCAAAGGAAUAUACCCAAAUUGAAUUAGAAUCCAUUCAAAAUGAAGAUGCUUACAAUGAAGAGUCACAGUUUGAAGUUGUGGAGUAUCAAGAUGAAGAAUAUAUUGUUGAAAUGGCGGAACCUGAUGAAUAUUAUGAGGAUAAUGCAGCCAAUGGAUUAGAAGCAAAGCAAGAAGAUGUCGAGGCUACAAUUAAAUCUGAACCAAUGGAUCAUGUUGAAUGUACAAUCAACGAGCUAGUUGAUAUUCAGUCUUCAAAGAGACUUUAUUCAGCUACACAAGAUAACGAAGAAUAUGAAAAACCAGAAGCAAUAAUUAAAGUCGAGCCAAUUGAGUAUGAAUAUUCAGAUCUUGAGUAUCAAAUUCCUUCAAAUGAUUUACAAAAUGAAAUCGAAUCACAAUCAAAUCACUUUCCUAAGAUUUCAAAUCCACGAACAUUACCAGCUUCACAGAACUUAAAAAGAAAGAUUUUGCAUCCAGAAACAUCAAAAAUCUCAACAAGUUCACCAAAUUUAGUCCAAGCAUCCUUACGGUCCGCACUAGAAUCAUCAAAACAAGCAUCACCAGCGUCAAAACGAAUGAAAUUUCCACAAAGAAGCCUAAAAUGUCAAUAUUGCACUGAACGAUUUGACAACUGUGACUUAAUCUUAGAGCACAUUGAGGACAAACAUAAAUUUCAAUGUCCAACAUGCAACACUUCAUUCCCAUUUAAAAUUAAUUUAAUUCAUCAUCAAUUUAUGCAUCAUAAGGAGUCGACAAAGGAGCCGAAAAAUAAGAAUCCAGUGGUUUAUAAAUACUCGUGUAGUCAUUGCAUGAUGAAGUUCUCAACGAGUGACAAUUUACAGAUUCAUAUGAAGCAGCAGCAUAAUGCUGAAUUGAACAAAAUUAAAAUUUAUGUUGAAGAAGAACAGACUCCACCAUCUCUAUCGAGUAGAAUCCUGAACUCAUUCAAGAAGGCAAAGCCAGGACCAUCUGGAAUUAUAAAUAUCAAGAAAGAAAGUUGAUACAAUG